UCAACACACAUACACACACAUACGCACACACCCGCUAGAAGACAAACGCUCUGGUCCUCCUCCCACCUCCCCACAGCUCCUGAGUGCGGCUCAAAGAACGGGAAGUAUUUUCUAAUAAACCUAUGAAUGGGACUUUUCCUUGCGCUGGAUCCUGAGCUUGUCUAUGUGUGGACGCAGACAGAAGGACAGUCUUUUUCUUUCUAGUCCAACCCGAGGUGGAAAAGACGCAGCAAUGACAGAGCAGCAGUCGUGCGCAGCGGCAAAAUAGAGCAACUAUUGUGGGGACGGGAGAUUGAUAACACAACUGGGUGAGCGACGAGAGCGGCAGAUGUAAUUUCCAAACGUUGCAACUGGCUUUGUGCGCUGGAUGGGCUAUUAUUGCGUUUUCCUUUUUAUCAGUGACUCCUUCAACAUUACUUGGACGGCUGUCUGUACGGGAGUACUGCUGCUGCUGCUGCAGAGACUAACGGGGAAUGCCAUGUGUCGUUGCGCGACAUAGAAGCUCUUUGUGGGCUGUUUUGCACCGGGGACAGGUGGUGCCCUCACUGUGUGUGUGUCUGUGUUGAAACUAGCAGGGGGCAUGGACACACAACCCCUGAGACAGUUGUCUUAGGGAUGUCAGGCCGGCGUACGGGAUCAGUUUUUGCCAGAGACAGGUGCGACAGGGAGGAGUAGUUUACAAAGCCCCGCUCAGGAUCUGGUAACGCACUAACGAGCUCCUCUACUCGGAUCACACUCGGAUUUUUUUGUAUCCAGCGGGACACACAAUCCACUCAAACUGCAUAUUUUCACAAGAUAAUCAAAGACUCUGCCGUUCUGUUGCUAUGGCGACCGUGGCCCCUCCCUUCUUCUUUCUGCUGUGUUGGCUGCUCCAAACAACCAGCUCGGCUUUCCCAGAGGAACCUGCACCCCUAAACUUCAUCCCAACAGAAGUGGUGAGGAGACAUCCAGUGUUUCUGGGCCGACCUCACCGGUCAUCGCUGAGAGAAGAGCCUCUACUCAUCCAGAGGGUCCUCCAAGUCAACCGGACACUCUACAUUGGUGCAAGGGAUGACCUUUACCGUGUGGAGCUGGACACCGUAGCAUCAGAGGAGAUGUUCUACAGCAAGAAGAGAACGUGGGAGUCGAACAAGAAUGACAUCAGGAUCUGCAGGAUGAAGGGCAAGCAUGAGGAUGAGUGUCGUAACUUCAUGAAGGUGCUGCUUAGCAGAGAAGGCGGCCUGUUUGUGUGUGGGACCAACGCCUUCAACCCGCUUUGUGCCAACUAUACUGGAGUCAAUCUGGAGAUGAUAGCAGACCCGGUCAGUGGUAUGGCAAGGUGCCCAUAUGAUCCUAAACACGCCAAUGUUGCUCUGUUUGCAGAGGGGAAUCUGUUCACAGCCACAGUGACAGACUUCCUGGCCAUCGAUGCGGUGAUCUACCGGAGCCUUGGGGACAGUCCUGCUCUGCGCACUAUCAAGCACGACUCCAAGUGGUUCAGAGAGCCAUAUUUCGUCAGCGCCGUGGAGUGGGGCGAGCACAUCUACUUCUUCUUCAGAGAGAUAGCCAUGGAGUUCAAUUACCUGGAGAAGGUGGUGGUGUCCCGUGUGGCGCGGGUUUGUAAAAGCGAUCUGGGCGGGUCUCAGCGCGUCCUAGAAAAGCAGUGGACGUCGUUCCUGAAGGCCCGUCUGAACUGUUCGGUCCCUGGUGACUCCCACUUCUACUUCAACCUGCUGCACUCCACCAGCCCCAUCAUCAGGAUGCACGGCAGAGACAUAAUCCUGGGGGUGUUCUCCACACCAGCUAACAGUAUCCCUGGAUCGGCUGUGUGCGCCUUCGACAUGGAGCAGCUGGCCUCAGUGUUUGAAGGGAGGUUCAAGGAGCAGAAAUCACCAGAGUCUAUUUGGACACCUGUUCCUGAUGAAAUGAUCCCAAAGCCAAGACCAGGUGGCUGUGCUGUUCAAGGUUCAAGGUUUAAUUCCUCCAAUUCAUUUCCUGAUGAGAUGCUCAACUUCGUCAAAACUCAUCCUCUGAUGGAUGAAGCCGUCCCAUCGCUGGGACAAAGACCCUGGAUAGUCAGAACCAUGGUCAGAUACCAGCUGAACAAGAUUGUGGUGGAUACAGAAGCUGGGCCUCACAGAAACCGGACCGUGCUGUUCCUCGGGUCGAGCAGGGGGACCAUCCUCAAGUUCCUCAUUAUGCCGAACCAGGACAACACCGUUACUAACAGCAACAUCUUCCUGGAGGAACUGGAGGGCUACAACCCUGAUAAGUGUUCUGGAGACUCCCCACAGGCCAGGCAGCUGUUGUCCCUGACUCUGGACCGGGUGAGCCACACUCUGCUCCUCGCCUUCCCCUCCUGUGUGGUCAGAGUACCGGUGGCACGAUGCCAGCUCUAUUCCAGAUGCAUGAAGAACUGUAUCGCCUCAAGGGAUCCUUACUGCGGCUGGACCAGAGGAAGCACCUGCUCUUUCCUCAGACCUGGGACCAGACUGCCGUUCGAGCAAGAUGUUGAACAGGGAAACGUGGCCCACUUGGGUGACUGUGACGGGAUCCUACUGCAGGAGAGUUUCAUGGAUGAGCCCGAUGGCCUGGUAUCUGUAAACCUGCUGGUGGUGUCUGCUGUUUCUGCCUUCGCUACAGGAGCCAUCCUCUCUGGUCUGACUGUCUGCUGGAUUAUGAGUCAUCGCCACCGCCACUCCAGAGGUUCAGGAGCCAACGGUGCUCGUCGCAAAAGCGACAAAGAGCAGAGCAUGCUGGGGCAGGGCCGCAGCGGGUCAGUAAUGAGUGUGACAAGAACCAGUGGUGGUGAGAGGCGGCGUUCACAGGCAGACAACCCCUUUGUCAUGCCCAAUGGAUGGCCUAAAGGAGAGAUGGACCCCGGCCUGCUGCCCACGCCUGAGCAGACUCCCCUGCAGCAGAAACGAGCCAUGCGUCUCCCCGACACAGACUGGGACCAGAGCCAGACCUUCCUCACAGCUGUAGGGACUCCCUGCCCUAACAACUCGGUUAUAUACCUGAGCUCCAAGUUCCUGCACGGAGGUGGAGGAGGGGGAGGGAUGGUCCGGAUAGAGGACCAGGGGGAGGUUAUGCUGCCCCCACACACGGAGCGCCAGCGCUACCUUAUCCUCGCCACGCAGAGAGGGGAGCACGGCGGCAGUCGUCCCAGCGGCAGCCUGAGGAACUCAGCAGGAGAUUACAUCUACCCUGCCACGCCGCAGGACUCCCCCGACCGACGGAGGGUGGUGUCCGCUCCCACUCCUCACAUGGACUAUGGGGAGCCUCGCUGGAGUCACGAGGCGCUCAACUACAACAGCAACAAUGGAGCGCCAUACCAUCCCCAACGCCAGGGCCUCAUCAGGCCCGACAUGCACGGGCCUCGGGGGCUGGGGGAACUGGCGGACUUCAGUCACCUUAUGGGGAAGAACAUGGGAGAGCGCACCCCUAGCGGCCAGUGAGGGAAAGUACAUGAGCUCUCUCUGAACACCCAUUCCCUCCAAACAGCAGACUGGAAUAAAUCCACCCCUCAGACUUAGUGUCCCAGUCCAACCUUACCCUGUCUGUCCUCUCUCACUGUCAUUCAAUGUCCUGACGUCAUUCAGCCGACUGAAGAGAGAGACAGAGAGAGAAAAAAACAAAGAGCGAGUUGAAAAAGAGGAGAAAACUACUCCCAUCUCCAUUCCUCUGCUCUUAAUCUGAGGUGCACCCCUCUGCUCUGAGUGGUACGACCCACAGAGCCCGACUUUGACUCCACAGGACAAACAGCGAGGUACAAAGAGGGGUGUAGAGGAACAGGAAUCUCAAAGGAACUCAUGGGGAUUCAAAAUAUGACAAUACCACUUGCAGCGCCAAAUGUGAAAGGUCUCCCUCUGCCAUUCUGUUCAUCGUUUUGACACCAUGGAUCUUUAUUGAGUGUGAAAUUUUGUUUCUGCUUUUGUUUUUCGUGCCUGUGGCAUCCAGCAGACAACAAUGUGCUUUACUAUGGAUUUCAGAUGAGACUAAAACUGUUGUAGCCGUGCCAGAGGGCAGUGACUCUCAAUGAAUCAUGCAGUGUGUGAAUGUGAUUGUGUGUGUGAUUAUGAUUGUGAGUGGCCACAACAACCCCAACCAGUGUCCCGUCUCAACUGUGAAGACUUACUAUAUAAUGAAGAUCCUGUGAGGAUGAGGUCCAUGUUGAAAUUAAUUUACCUUUUUUAGAAACAAUUACAGAGAGAUGAGUUUUAUUUUGUGUCUAUUUGAAAAUUCAAUGUGUGAAGCAAUCAGAGGUUUGGAUGGUUGACCAUUGACUGGGGAAGACUCCCAGUGUGGGUUUUUUGUGAUCCCCAGUACCUCAGAAGCAGCUCCAGAGAGCCAUCAUGAAGUUAAAGAAAGCAAUAAUAAGAAAGAAGGACAAAAAAAGAUGAUGUAGUUAGAUUUUUUCUAGUUAAAACAUUUUCUCAGCAAAGCAAACUAAAGUGUACAGACUUGUGAGAGAGUCGGGUCCUGGAUCAAUAUCUCCUCUCCAUUAACCCCCCUCCCAUCCGCCUCUCAGUAUGCCCGGCUCUGUCUGACCUGACCUGAGGACCCCCCCCACCUCCACCCCUGGGGCUCCGCAGUCCAUUGGAAGGAGGGAAUGUGAGCUGUGACUGUCUGCCUGUCUGUGAGGCCCGGCCGCUUGGGAGCUCCAUUCAGCCUCUUCUGCCCGACACUGAGCCUCUUUGUGCCCCCUAAAGCAGGAGGAGACUGCGGCAACAAAUAGCCGUUAAGAGUCAGGGACCUACCCAGCACUGCAGCCCAGCAGAAUAUCAAUGAAGGAGGACAGCGGCUCCAUCAGACAUGUGAGGUGUACCAACCAGGACGGGGCAUCUCAUACGCUUCAACAUCUCUGGUUGUUCACAUGUUUCCGCCCGGAGAGGGAAGAGCUGAGGGGCUGAGGGACUGAGGGGCUGAGGCUGGGGCAAAGCUAACUGUCACAAUGCUCAUCCCUAGUGGUUUUGUCCCUUUCUGUCUCUCAGUGCGAUUCACAACAAAAGUGGGAUAAAGAAAACAGAUGGGCAUGGGUGUACUUUGGGUGUGGAGUUACUCUUUCACCCCAUUAUCUGAUCUUUUGAUGUUUUCGUCUGUUCUCAUCCGUUCUUGAUUCAAAUGUAGAUCAGGAGAUAGCUUUUUCUCUCUCAUCUGGGUCAUAGCGUGGUGGAGGUAGCCGUGUUUUUUGUGUAUGUCAGUCUGUCGGCUUGUGUGUGUGAGUCUCUAGGUUUAUGUUCAUGAAUGUGUUACUCAUAUUGAGUGCAAAAACAGCUUUGAUCCAUUUUUUCUCUUAUCUCGCCCAUCUUCUGAUUUAUUUUUCCUCUGUUGAGCCAUUAAAGUUGUGCAGCAGCCCUUUGCCUCACAUUCACAAGCCUGUGCUUGCAGUGUGGGAGUAGUGUAUGCUAUAUAUUACAUUUAGCUCAUUAUAAUUUACACAAAGACCAGCAGAUAUAAUACAGAAGGCUGGCUCUACUUGCUUGAAGGGAACUGGGUCAGAUUGUAGAUACAAAGUAAAACAAACAAGGAAAUGUCACAAUGUAUUGAGAGUAAAGCUCCAGGACACUGUUUGACAUUAAGGCCCCUAUGUCAUCUCAUAGUUUUAAAGCUGUAAAAAUACAUUUAAAAUAAACAAGUUCUUGAACAAAAAGCUUUUUUCCAUUCGUAGUGGCGAUGUUCUUCUAUAUGACGUCUUCCAGAUCAUGCUUUUUAUUUUUACUACCAAAGCUCAGACUCAUUUUGGGUGCUGGUGUUACUCAGGGGUCAUGCGCCCCAUGCACAUAGGCUAAGCAGCCGCCCUUGACUCUUGAAGCAACUCCCAUGUCAUUCCCCAUCCUCUCAUCCCUGUGUCCAACUCCAUUCAUUGUCCUAUCCUCUCUAUAAAGACAUAAAAAAGUCUAAAAAGCAAUCUUAAAAAAUCGUUACAUUUGGUUCACUGAUACAGCUUACUUUCAGCUUCAUCUUGCAACUGAUUACAGCAAUAACUCUUUAAUACAAAUAUACUCUUUCCAACCAGCACGACACUAAAUGGCAAAUCUACAAAGUUGGUUUGAAUCCAAAACAAUAGGGGAGUAAAUCAUGGACCUCUUUUUCAUCAUUUCAUCAUGUUGCCAGAAAUAAGACUUCAAAAAGUAAGGAAAUAAUGAAACAGAAUGUACAUCACAUUCACCACAUUUGGAUGGAUAGGAAACUCUUUGCUAACAUGUUUGCCUGAAUCAAGGAAUGACAUCUCAAUGUUAAGUUAAAAAUGUAUUUCUGCUGUCUCCUAAGUGACAAAAAAAUCAAUAAAUGAAGGUAACAUCCAGUGACAACCUCCUGUGUUGGAGAAUUAAGUCAAAGCAGAGGUGCAGUUCCUUGAGUGGCCACUUGAGGCUGACUCCAAAAGCCAGAGAAGCCCCUUCAGAGCCAUAAAAUUUACUAAUCAUGUAGUCUCAGUGACAUCACCUACUGGUUUUUGAGACAGUGUUUUGGGGCUUAUCGACAGUCGCCAUAUUGGAAAUGCUGACUCAACCUAAGCUUUGGCUAACCAACCUUCUGACAAAGAAGUGGAGUUGAGGUGGGGCUUAAGCCUCCUUGCUAACAGCUACAUUGUACCUGCCUGUCAAGUGAGCCAUGCUCCCUAUAUUCAAAACUAAUGAGUUGCAAAAAAUAAAGAAAUUAGUCAUUAAGAUCAAUAUUAUUUUUUGAACCAGGCUGUAAGCAUGUUUACUUUUGCUGUUAAGAUCAGCUUUUUGGAUUUGAUGUACACAGCCUUCUUUUGAAGCUAACCUCAAUGGACAGUCUAGGAACUGCAGCUUUUAGCACUUCUGCAUCAACCUCAUUUCUCAGGACCAGAGGUUGCCGCUUGAUCAGGUCCCAUAUUAAAAUCCCCAUUUUAUAGCAGAAUUAAACAUGUUUACAGCUUGGUACAAAAAUGACUUUUGGUCAAUAUUCCUCAUUUCUUUAUUGGUAAAGCCUGUACAUCUUUAGCUUAUGAAUAGGCUACAAGUUGUACAUAAUUAGUCAUAUUAAGGGGAGCAAUUGAUUUGAUUGACAAGUAGUUGCAUUGAUGCCACCAGGCUAAAGCCUCAACUCCUCCUCUCUGAUUUCUAGCUGUACUGGAGGCUAGUUGGAGACAGCCAAUGUGGCAGCUGUCAUGUUUAGGCUUCAUAAUGCCUCUUCAGUAACCAAUGGCUGAUGUUACUAAAACUCUGACCAUGUUUUAUGCAGUGUAUUGUGAAAAAAUACUUUGAUACUUAUACCAAAACCACAUAGAACUCCUCUUAUCUGUCUUUCUCUUAGAGAUACAGAGACAUGGGUAGAACUUUCACUUAUAAAUGUGAGGAAUUUUGAUUCAAUUCAAUACCUGUUUGAUUUGCUUUACUUCACUGGCUGACAGCUUUUGACGCUUAGUGCUACAAACCCAUCUCAGAUGGGACCCAAACAGGACUGCGGUUCAAUACCCGGCAGUAAAAACUUCACAGGCAGAGCUGGAGCUACUGCAGGAGACACGCCAGGGAAAGAGAUUUAUGAAAGCAAGGACAGAGGAGGAGGUCAGGCGGGCGAGCAUGAUGUUACUGCAUUACAGCCUUGCCACAUUAGUACAGUGUAUUCUUUACACAUUCCACCCUGAAACAGGUCAUUAGUAUUGAGGAUACGGAGCUAUCCACCAGCCUCGUCUCUGCGUCUCCAUCUCUGCUGUGACCUGAGUGCUGCGUUACUCUGUCUGUGUGUAUGUGCGUGUGUUCGUUUGUGUGCAUGUGUCUAUGUUUGAAUGAGGCCUCUCUUGUCUCGUCCGGCUUGCCCAGCCACCCGUGUCCUCGCUCUGCAUCUCCUCCGGUGUUUCACUAAACAUGCUUGAUUAGGCAAAGUACAUCCCCGGCCCUCUAAUGGCCUGAUGAGCCCUUGAGAAGAUUACAACGGACACAUCAGCCCUGAGAGGGAGGUGCACGUUUAACCAACUCUUUACCCCUCUUCACACACGCACACACUCACAUGCAGACACACAAAGACUGCCAGCCCUUUAACCAAAUUUGGGAUGCAAUUGAAUUAAGAUCAGAAGUAGAACUCAGGCUUGAAAUAGGCCGGCACUGACUGGUUCUAGGAAAGGUACUGUAUAUGAUGUUAUCCCACUGACAGCGUAAUUUGAUGUAUUUAGUAUCACAUUACAGGGCAGCUGAAGAAUUCAGGUGUGACUUAAUGGAAGUCAGGCUGUUUAUAAAAGCCAUCAUCCUCCCUUUCGUUGCAUUCUUCAUCUCAUUCCCAUUCCUCCUUUUUUAAACAGCUGCACUUUGUCUUCUCCUUUUAAGCCUUGUCUCUAUUGUUCGCACACUUACCCAAUCCCUGCUCACACACACACACACACACACACACACACACACACACACACACACACACACACACAUACACACACACACACAAACACACGCGCCUAAAAUCUCUACCUAAUGCAAGCUUGUGUCGUGCUUUUGUCCUGUUUGUAACUAUUAAAGUUAAGCUGGUUAAUUUAAUGAGUCAGUGGCAGAAACAGAAAUCAAAGUAAUUCAGGAACACCCGCUUUAUUUCACGUCAAAUCUUUAAUGUGUUACAAAUUUUUUUCUGACAUUUUCAAAGCCUUUCAUGCGGGAAAUUGCUUUCCUUUUGCUUAGAAACGAUUUUGUUUGGAGCCGUUUUUGUUAAAUGUAGCACACACUGCCUCCAGUCCUACACUCACACACAAACACACACACACACACUACACACACUCACACUCUCUGUCUUUAUCCCUAUCCUGCACUUAUCAACACACACACACUAACAUUAAACUCCUGUCCAGCCCUUGCGACCUAGCCUGUCUGUCUGUCUGUCUGUCUGUCUGUCUGUCUGUCUGUCUGUCUGUCUAUCUGUCUGUCUGUCUGUCUGUCUGUCUGUCUGUCUGUCUGUCUGCCUGCCUGCCUGUCUGUCCGUCUUAUUUUCUGGUGUAUCAGGUUGUGUGUGAGUACUUGUUAAAGAGACCAUGCCUUUGUGUGUUGGGGUUGUUUGUGCCGUGUGGCCCAAGUAAGAAAUGCCCCCCCCCAGCCAAUAACUGCCAUCUUACCCUGCAGUGAUCCUCCGUUCUGUGUGCGUUCUCUGCCCCACAGAGUCCAGAAACGGAGGUUAACUUCUGAUAAACCCACCAUCGCACUUAGGGAGCCGACAUCUGAGAGGAAAAAGCACAAAAUAAAGGCAAAAACAAAAUCAACCUUUGCAUUUUUUGUAAAGCUGUAGAUGUAUUUAGUCUGCACUGAUCAUUAUUUGUCAUGUUUGUUUUUUCUAUUGUUUGUUUCUGUGGUUUGAAAUUAUAUGGACUAUUAUUGUAUAUGAUUUCAAUUUCAAUUCUCUGGUGUGCCAGAUUUGAUGAAGACAAUGAACCUGAUGACUAUCAUAAUUAUUAUUAUACUGACAGUGAAAAUGAAGCUGUGAGCAGCACUGAGGUGUUGUGUCCUGAUUGGAGAGACAAUAAUAGAAGAAAAGGACGCGUGAUUUAACUCAUACAGGCUGAGUUAGAAAAACAUAGAUUUCUCCUGCAGAGUGGAGUCUCCUGCUACUGUGAAGGACCCUGCCGUCCUGGGCCCCAAACCAGAGGAUGCCACUCCAGGGACCUCGUUGCAGGCUGUCAUCAAAUGACAACACAAGUCCCUGCUACGUGUACAUAACCCUGAUGCUUACAUGUAAUUUAAGUGCAGUAGCUGCAUGACGACACAGCCUCUGUGUGUGUACAGAAGUAGCGACGUGUGAAUUUGUACAGUACAUGCAAGUGUGUGUGUGUGUGCUUGUGUCCGCCAACCAAUCUGUCUGUCGUCAUGCAAAAAAAGCAACACAUGCAUGCACCCUCUGACAACUGCACUGUACACACUGCACACACGCCAAACACACACACACACAGACACACUUCACACACAGCAGUUGUUCAUCAUGUCCACACUGUCCUGAGCUCUGCCUGUCACUCCGCAUGGAGACUUUGCUCUGUGUCAACUUUCUUAUUCUAAUAAACCACUCAGACAUUAA